UCUGGCUCCCGCAGUCGGCCGCGCGGGCCACCGUGCGCCAGAGGACGCGAGGGGGAAGGUUUUCUCCUCGGGGAAGUGAAAGGUGAAGCGAAAAACAGCAUUACCGACUCCCAGAUGGAUGAUGUGGAAGUUGUUUAUACAAUUGACAUUCAGAAAUAUAUUCCAUGCUACCGGCUUUUUAGCUUUUAUAACUCUUCAGGUGAAGUCAAUAAUUACGCACUGAAGAAAAUACUUCCAAACGUUGAAAAGAAUGUGGUAGGUUGGUACAAGUUCCGUCGUCACACAGAUCAGAUCUUGACGUUUAGAGAGAGGCUGCUUCACAGAAAUUUACAGAAGCACCUUUCAAGCCAGGAACUUGUGUUUCUCUUGUUAACACCAAGCAUAGUGACGGAAAGCUGUUCCACUCAUCGGCUGGAACAUGCCUUAUACAGGCCUGAGAAAGGACUUUUUCAUAGGAUCCCUUUAGUAGUGACCAACCUGGGCAUAUCUGAGCCACUGGGUUAUAAAACUACAUCAAGCUCCUGUAUUUCCACAGCCUUUAGCAGAGCAGUAAAAACACACAGCUCUGAAUUUUUUAAAGAAGAUGGAUCCUUAAAGGAGGUACAUAAGAUAAAUGAAAUGUACGCUUCUCUACAAGAAGAAUUAAAGGAUGUAUGUGACAAAGUGGAAGGAAGUGAACGAGCAGUAGAGAAGCUAAUAAAGGACGUGAACAGGUUAAAACGAGAAAUUAAAACCAGACAGCAAGGACGGAUUCAGGCAGCACGAGAGAAUGUCCAAAAAGACCCACAGGAGAACAUUUUUCUUUGUCAAGCUUUACGGACCUUUUUUCCAGAUUGUGAAUUCCUCCAGUCUUGUGUUAUCUCUUUGAAAACCAGACAGAUUUCUAAAAGCAGAUGUAAUGCCACGCACGGUCUUGAGAUGGCAGACAAGCUGACCCUGAUGGUAGAGUAUGCCCACUCCCCAGAGGCCAGUCCAGCUAGGACACCAGAGGUGACUAAGCGCAAAGCCGUAGGCCCGGAUGACGGAUGGCAGGGGAAGAUGAUGCGGCUGUCAGAGCCAGAAAACAAACUACCUGAGACAGGUACCGAGAGCAGUUACCAAGAAAAGUCCUCUGCAACAAGCAGCCCAGAAAUAGACGAGGAGCUGGAAAGACUGCUGGCCUCUGGUGAAUAUCCAGCAUCUCCCACAUUUUAAUCCUUUCAACUCAAAAUGAAAAGUUUUCAUUUUGCCGAAUGUUUUUAUUGUUUUUACUGUGUGUAGCUGCUGGCCUUGAUGCAGAGAAGUUCACUCGUUUUGACUGUAUUCAGCUGUUCACAGUAAUGUCUGGAGGGAGUAUUUUGUUUUUAUUGUUUCGCUGUUUACAAUAGUACAUAAAUUAGUUCUACAGCACUUACUUUAUAAAAUACUUUUAAAAUACUGAUGCUUUUAAAAAUUUUUAUUUUUGCAGUGCUAGGUAUUAAACCCAGGCUUCCUUCACUUUAGGAGAAUGCACUACCACUGAGCUGCACUCCCAGCCCAAGACGCUUCUAUUUGAAAAUCAAAACAUUCCACUUUUCUUUCUAAAUUAUCAAGGGAAAGACAUUUUUAAAAAAUGUUCAAUGUACUUAGCAAUUCACAACAUGGAAGGAAUAUAAAGUUUUUAUGAAAAUUUAUUUUGCCUAAGUCAUUACAAUUCCUACUCCUUAUUAGUGAUGAUGAAAAGGUUAUUAAACUGGGCUUGGUGACACAAAGUUACUGUCUCAGCCACUGAGAAGGCUAAGGCAGCAAGGACCACUUGAACUCAGGUGUUUAAUGCCACCCUGGGCAAUGCAGUGACUCUAAGACCUGGUCUUAAAGUAUAUUAUGGCUAGACUUGCUAGUUAAAAUACUGGACAUCAGGCCAGGCAUGGUGGCGCAUGCCUGUAAUCCCAGCACUAGGGAGACUUAGGCAGGAGAAU